UAGAUAAACACUAAACGACAGCCCAUAUAGCAAACCACACAGUAAAUGUCUACGGGCCACUAAGAGUGCCAUGAAAAUAUAGAAUUCUUCAUGGAGGCCUGCAUGGAAGAACCCAUGGAGGAAGAGAGAAGCGUAGAGCAUUUCGAUAUAGGUACUUUUGUCCUUAACCACAGAAAACUGUGUCAGCUGGUGAUACCAUUGAUAAAGUGGUAUGAAAGUUUACUAUUUGUGAUCAGGUGGCAGUCUUGGCGAAUUACUUUUAUCAUCAUGUUGGUUACAAUUUACUUGUCUAUCAGUUAUCCAGCAUAUGUCGUCCAUAUACCACUGGUGUAUGCGUCAGUUAUAUUUGGCUUAUCUGGGAUAAGAAGGCUGGGAAGAAAAACUUCAAAAGUCAGUAAUCUCUUGCAAAGAAAAAAAGUUUGCAGGAAAGAUGAUGAUGAUUUGAAUUUAGAUGUUAAACUGGCAGCCAUUAAGGAAGCACAUGAUCAUCUAAAAGAGUACAUUAAGAUCUCUGUGCAAAUACAGAUGGUAGAGGAAACCUUGUGUGAAUGCCUCGAACAGUUUUACAGCAUUGCCAGAUGGGAAGAUCCCUCUGUUUCAAAGAGGUGCUUUCUUUCUCUCUUGUUGUCAGCAUGCAUUUUAUUUUUUCUCCCUGGAAGAUACCUGGUGACUUUUGGCCUCAUACUCACAUUUCUAGGCAACUCAGGCUUUAAAGAAGUUUUCAGGGAGGCUCAAGGGAAAUUCUGGCUUAGACUACAGCGAGUGAAGAAGAAUAUUUUAUCACAGAACUUUUGGAUUGGUCUGGUAAAUCCUUGGUUGGAAAUCCCUUCAAAAACUCAAACUAACCUAGAAGUAACAGAAAAUGAUUACGAUGAUGAAUGGUAUGAUGCACAAGAACAGGAGAUAUCUCUCUCCGAGGAUGAGAAUUACGAGCAAGAGGAUACCCCGUUAACAAGGAGAAGUGCAAAGCGUUUCUCUGGAUUGUCUGUGGUGACCCAUUUCAGCGACUACCGCAGGAAAAAAAAGCGCGUAAAUAGUGUAAACUGUGCUUCAUGCGAUGUUACAUUUUCUUCUCUGUUAAAGAAAAGGCAAUACUGCCGGCAUUGCGGAGAUAGCUUUUGCUCUCGCUGUUGCUGUAAGCGUGUAAAAAGAGCUGUAUUUGGAGCAACUGCACCGGCAGCUUAUGAAGAGACAGUACUAGUUUGUAACAGUUGCCAUGGCUACCUCAUGAACAAAGAAGAUGAAAAUAAGGCGGACAUUUGGUGAAGGACAAUGGAUUGUUAGAAAAUCUGUUCAGGUGGUCGGUCGAUUGUAAGGGUAUGAAGCUGUUGCGCCUAGUGACUCGAGUAAAGCAGGGAACGGCUGCUUGCUGUUUAAAGCUUUCUGUGUUAGCGACGUGGAAGGUUUUGCAAAAAUGUAAUACUGGCAAAGGAAGGCCUGGAUGGUAACUCCUGAGGAACACUUGUUGAUUGCACUGCAAAUUUGAUGGAGCCGUGGUUCUCCAUUUGAAAUAAGAUUCUUCAUGAUAAAUUAUGGUAAAAGUGUAUUUUACUGUAUGUUUAAUUCACAUAGCUAAUACCCAUUAAUUAAAUGCCCUCUGAUUGGAGGAGUGAGAAUUCAGAUCUUUGUUUGUUUGUUAUGUUUUAGGAUUCAUUACAUAUUCGGACAAGUGUAGAAACUUUCUUUGUGUGCCGUCCGAUAAAGGAGGAGAAACUUUCACAUCCGAUAUUAAGCAAGUAAAAAGGUGAAGGCUUCUUGUUCAAUUAGGUUGCCUGAAUGGAUAAUGUCGAAAAUGAAACACAAAGUUUGAUCAAACUACUGUGACAGUAGUAUCUGUAGAACUGUAGCCUUCUGUUGCGGGACGCUUCAAUUUUUCACACAUUUUGUCGAGUUUGUCAGAAACCUCUGCAGUUUCUACUGUAGAUCAAUUACCCUUGCUUGUUAUUAAUAUCGAGUUUAAAAUAAUAAAGAAAAGAGACAAAAACUCGUAAAA